AUGUCAAUUCGUACGACACCCAAUGCCCACCACUAUCCCCGCGCCUAUCUUCGCAUGCACUGUCACCCAGAACAGGGGUGGCACUCUCGGGACUCUACCCCAUUUCCUGCUUCCCCUCGGUGGUCCUGCGUCGGCUUACCUCCGGAAGAUGCUCCGUGCCCGGGCUGUGCCUUGGACGCACCGGAUCGUCAUCUGGAGUUUGGGACUCCACCCGCUCACAGGCAACCUACGCUGUCUGAGCCCCAUAACCCUCCCGGAUCACGGCGUGCCCAUUAUACCGCCGGUUCAUCGCCCAACUCGACAUCCCAAUUGUCGCCCCUCGACAUCCCCACGUUGAUAUCGAACUGGACUCCGACAUCGACGACGCUAUCCGAACGAAGUUACACGACCGCCCCACGUCCGGCCGAAAUGCGAACGAACCUCAACCUCCGAUCUCCAAGUAAUCGUAACACCCCACACAACGCUACACCCUGUGUUGGCCAGUUGGCUUCACCCACCACUCAUGUUUUCAAUUGGCCUGGCUCCACGCCACGAAUCCCCAAUACGAUCCAUGCAACCGGGACGCCCACGCCGAAGAGCGUCCUGCAAGUCAAGAAUAUACCAUCCUUACUCACUACCCGUCAGGCCAUCGACCAGCCAUCCGGGCAGACUGCAUCGAAUGACAAGUACUCCCAACGGCGCGGCAGAAAUGAUACUGCCAACGGAGUUCCACUCAGAGCUCGUGCGGGUAUGCGUGUAGCGCCCGAUAUGCCACGCAGUCAGGAUGGUGGCCCCGUUCGAAUCCAACAAGUCGAUCAUUCCUUAUAUCCCGUUACCCCUUCCCUGCAGUGCACGAUCAUUGAACGAGUCAUGAGUAAGUUGCGCAGGUUCGACAGGCUUACCAAGGACUUUUCCUUCCUAACUCUAUUCGAAGCAUACAAAUACACGGAAGAUGCAAAAUCGGCCUCCAACAAUGCCCGGGCGUUGACCGCACGCCUCGAGCUAUCUCAGCAGGAACUGAGUCGCGCUAUGAUUCCGAAUCCUACUGGUUGGGCUGGAGAAGUUUGGAAACACGGAGAUGAGCUUGCUGGCAAGAUGGACCGUCUGAAGAAUAGCGGAUUUGUAGAUAAGGGCUGCAUGAUACGCCGGUACGAUGCAAGCAUCGAUACUGGUAACAAUAGUGUUAGGCACCGACUCUGCGCCUCCAGCCGUCGUGCAGAUCUCCUCUUGUUUUUCGCAGAGCAAUGCACCAACUCUCAUACAGAGGAGUAUCAGGAAGCUCGGCACAAGAAGCCCAAAGAGCUUGAGACGAAGCAGAACAAGCUGAAGAAGAACUUGCCAAAUGACAACACUGCAAAAUCGAAGAAGCUGAAACAGCAUGAGUGGAAGAAUGGAAAAAGAACAGAACCAAGCACACUCCAAUAUGCAAAGUAG